GGCAACAUCGGCGGGGAGACGUGCAAAUGAGACUCGUGCCUGCUGUCGGCUCCUCUACAAAGCGGCACCUACAAUGGGAGACGGACUCUCCUCUAUGGAUUGCCAUAAUAAUAAAUCAACCGCAAUAAUAUUUGUCAAUCCUGCAAACGGGGUAAGUCCAAACCUGCCUCAUCAGCAAGACUUCUCUGAACAGUGGGUGAUAGGCAUGGGCACAGUCAUGGCAGUCAUCGUCCUGAUCAUAGUGCUGGGCAACCUGCUGGUGGUGUAUGCCAUCGCAAAGAACCAGCGGCUGCAGACCCUAACCAAUGUUUUCAUUGUAUCUCUGGCCUGUGCAGAUCUGAUUAUGGGACUCCUAGUGGUCCCACUCGGCGCGACCUUGGUGGUGCGAGGUAACUGGCAGUACGGCUCGGUUUUCUGCGAAAUGUGGACUUCUGUCGACGUGCUGUGUGUGACAGCCAGCAUCGAGACUCUGUGCGUGAUCGCCAUAGACCGUUACAUCGCUAUCACCUCUCCCUUCCGUUACCAGAGCUUGCUCACUAAAGCCAGGGCGCGGGUGAUCGUGUGUGUGGUCUGGGCGAUUUCUGCUCUCAUCUCCUUGCUCCCCAUCAUGAUGCACUGGUGGAGAGACGACGGCCCCGAUGCCAUUCGCUGUUACAAUGACCCAUGCUGCUGCGACUUCGUAACCAACAAAGCCUACGCGGUUGCCUCAUCCAUCAUUUCCUUCUACUUGCCCCUGGUGAUCAUGAUCUUCGUCUAUGCCCGCGUCUUUCAAGAAGCCAAAAAGCAGAUGAAGAAGAUCGACAAGUGUGAGGGGAGGUUUUACACCAGCCACUUCAUCCCAAACGGCAGGGCAGGCCGAAGGAGACCUUCCAGGAUUAUAGCCAUCAGGGACCACAAGGCUUUAAAGACCCUGGGGAUUAUUAUGGGGACGUUUACCCUUUGCUGGUUGCCUUUCUUUCUGGCAAAUGUGGUGAAGGCGUUCCGCCCUGGCAUAGUCCCUGACAAGCUCUUUCUGUUUUUUAACUGGCUCGGCUAUGUCAACUCGGCUUUCAAUCCCAUCAUUUACUGCAAGAGUCCCGACUUCAGGGCGGCCUUUAAAAAGUUACUCUUUUGCCCCAGCGCCACGGACAGCAGACUGUAUUCGGGCUCUGGGGAACUGUCCCGCUGCUCAGGAAUGUUUGGCGGUACUCUGGAUCCCAGUAGCCUGGAGAAUUGGUCGGAGUGGAGCAGGGUGCAGGAAAGCAACGGGGGCGAUGUGGAUUCGCAGAAGGACAACCUCCGUCAGGAAGAUGAAGAGUCGCAGUUCUAGGACGCCCAACCGAAAAUUCGCACCGAAAGCGAGCGCACAGCAGCCCCGAAGGACGGGGAGCCUCGUGGCUGGAGAGGCGUUACCCGCUCGGUCUAGUUCUGUACGCGCCAAUUCAUUGUAAAAACCACAGAACCUUCACGGCAAGAUUUCUCCUUAAGCGUUCGCCCCUAGCAAUAUUGGAGAAGGCAUUGAAGAGCUACUUCAUAUCAACACUAAGAUUUGGACCAGGGCAAAGAAUGCAGCAUUCUCCAGCGGGGCUGGCACGGGUGAUGGAUGGGAUAAUCUGGACAGUAAAGGAACGAGCUGUGAGGCUGGGCCAGUUUUGCAGUGAAAAUGGUUUUGCCCUGGUCACAUUACAUUCCACAGUGAAAAGAGAUUUCCGAUAACCAGAACGUCGAGGGCCCCUGCAUUUCCACAUCGAUUGCCUUAACAUAGAUGGUCAUGUCACUUACCCGAGAAACAGCAAAUACUGUACUUUUGUUGUGAUGUUGUUUCUUUAAACAUUUUAGAAUACGUGUAACAGAGCAACCAUAAGCUUUAUUUUGAAACAACUUGACCACACUGGCUGUACUUUCUAAAGAGAUUUAAGAUUUUUUAAGGACUGUUUAUUAUCUCACAGUAUUCUAUGAUCCCUAUCCUCACCUUGUAUCGUGCUGCAUGUGAGCUUUGGAAGUAUCGAUGUUCAAGAAUGGACGCUGCCAGAUUCAUGGUGAACCAACCUGCAACCUCAGUGCUCAAGAUGGAUGAAGAUGGGACUAUUAUUUAAUAUAAAUUAAAUUCCACGGAGGACCAACUUAACCCACAUGCAGUCCCUGAAAGUGUUUAAAGUUGGUAUUUCUCGAAUAUGAACAUUAUCUAUAUAAGUUACUGCUAAAGUUAGUAAAGUUAUAGCCAAAAUCUCCCGCUAGAUUUUCGGAGACAAAGUAUUCGUUUCGGUGAGGUAAACGGAGAAAAUCGGACUGGUGUUUCAUUUUGUACUGUAACAUUUGCCAAGUAAACAAAAAAAAGUUUAUCCUACUCCGUAUGAAAUUCACGUGCCGUCGUGUAUAACGUACUUGUCACAACGUCUGCUUUUUCCGCAAAUAUUUAUAUGUAGUAUCUUUAAAUGUGUG